AUGGAAUAAGAGAGCUAAGAAAUCAGAUCUGCAUUCCCAGAAUAUCUCACAAAUACAUAAGAAGAUGGUGAACAUGUAGCGAUUAAUACAUAAUUGUAAGCUCGACUAGUGUUUGUAAUAAUUUGAGACAUUGAUCAAUAAUUACAAAGAUGAACUAAAUAUCUUAUCUGCGAUUGAAUCUAAGAUUACUAUGGUUAUUAAUUAAACUCCUAUGUAAUCAAUUAUUGAUUGUUAUGAUAACAUUGCUAAAGAUUAUAAUUUAUAAGUAAAAAUGAAUUUCAAAAUAGACUAAAAUGUUUAGAGUAUCUAAAUUCCAUGAUUAAAAAUAUUUGCCACAAAUUCCAAUAUUAAAUCAAUAUUUGGAUAGUAAAAUAAAAAAUCUGCCUUGGCCUAUUAUUGGUGAUGUAAAUUCUAAUCAAUUAUAAGAAUAAUUGAUUAAACUAUAUAAUCUUAACUAUGGGAGAAUAGCAUUACAUGAAAUAUUAUUAUUAUGGUUUCCAUCAUUAAUAAAACCAUAUUUUCAUGUGUUAGAUAGUUUAUUAAAUACUUAAACUAAAUUAUCAUAAGAUGAAAAAUAUUAUUUUGCAAUCAUGGUAAUAAAGUAAUCAUAAUCUAAUUAGGGAGCUGCAGCAUCAGGAAGUGAUUAGUUAUAUGAUUUAUUAAUCUAAUAGUUUUAUUUGAAUGAAGGUGAUAAAAAUUGGGUAGAUUUAGGAUAUGAAAGUAUUGAUGAAAAAAUCAAAUCUCUAAAUACUAUAUGUAAAAUCCUUGUCUAAAAACCAUGGGAAUAAUCUCUUAAAAAUACAUUAUAAUAGAUAUUAAAGAAUAAUAAGUGGAAUAAAAGAGAAUUGAUUUAAGCAUUGAUGAUAUUCAUUUUUUAUAAUAAUAUUGGAUGUUUCUCUUAAGGUAAUGGUAUCCUAAAAGAGAUAGAUUAAACUCUCAAUCUAUAAUCUGGUAAUACUAGUAUUAGUUUUACAUUACCUUAAGAAUAAUAAUAAUAAUAACAAAUUGAUUUAACAUAAAAUGAAUAUAUCAUUUAAGAAUUAAAAAAUUAAGCACUCUUAGAUAAUUAAAAUUGUUCAUCUGAUAAAAUCAUUUAAGUUAAAUCAAAAUAAUAAUCAAUUGAUGAACCUUAAGAAAUAUCUGAUUUAGAUGAAGAAUAAUUGAUAUUGAAAUUUAAAGAGAAAUUUUAAAAGUACUUUACAAAUGAUGAAAUCAAAGACUCAACUGGAUAUUAAAUCUUGCGAUUUUCUGUACUCAUCAUUAUUAUAUAAUAUAGGAAUACAAUUUUUAAAUGAACAGUUAUCCUGUUUUAAAAUAAGUAUAUCCAGAAGGAGCAUAGAAAAUGCAUGAUUUUUUAUUGGAAGUCAAAUAAAUGACUAGAAAUACAUUUGGUAAAGAAUAAUAGAUCACUACUGCAGCUUUUAGAAAGGCAAUAAGAGUAUAUGCCUAAAAUAUUUAUCGAUAUUAACAUGAUGAUAUUGAUUAUUCAACUUAGGUAAAUUAUAUACACAAUUAUAAAGAUGAAUAAAUUAUUACCUAAAGAACUUAAGGCUUUUAUAAAGAUUGUGAGUUUGACACCAAAUUUAUUAUAAAAGAAACAUCUAGAUAUUAUACCUUUAAAAUUAAGUGCAGAUGAAAUAUGUCAUAUAACUUUAUUAACUAUUGCUGCCAAAAUUGAAGUUCAAUUGAUAUAUUUAUCUAAAGCUUUAGUAGAUUGUAUGUGA